AUGGAUAAUACUAUUCGGACUAGUCUUAUCCUUUCGUCGAUAUCUCAUGAAAAUUAUAAUACAGAAGUAUAUAAUGAUGUUUCUACUGAUGAAAAUCAUAGUGUAAAUAAUAUUUCACCGCCUACAACUAAUUCUGAAGUCUCUCCAAAGAUUCAGCAUGCUGGACAUAAACGAACUACAUCUGAUGUGACAAGUUUAAGAACUAAUCUUCAUCGUCAUUAUAAUCAUCAUCAGUCAAGACGUCGAGUUAUUGACCAGUUGAAUCUUAUCAAUAAUGAUGAUGCUGACCAUAAUGAAAUCGAUGGUGUAGGUGUGGUAGGAACAGCAGCAACAGCAACAACUACAACCGCACCAACAGAUCAAAGUGUUCCUAAUUUAUCGACUUUUAUCCCAUUGAAUCGUGUUUAUCCAUCAUUCAGUGAUCAUAUUACCUCAUCAUCAGGAUUAAAUAGGCAUGUUCCAUUAGACGGUGAAGAUGAUGAUGCUGAGGAUGAUACGAAUGUUUUACAGCGUAUUCAUGCUCUACGUCAAAGUUCACGUAAAUGGAGUGUUAGUAUGAAUAAAGCACCAUUUUUAAUCUAUGUUGAAAUAUUAUCAUGUGAUGAUCCAACUAGUAUAUCUCUGCCAAGUCGACCAAUAACAUCCUCUAGUUCUAAAAGUUCUACUCGUUGCCGAAAUGGUAUGACGUCGAAUUCACUCACUUCCUUAUCAAUGUAUCCAUGGAAUUUACGCGCGAGUUCUUCAUCAGAAGUCACAGAAAACAAUGAAGUUGGUGGUGGUGAUUCAGUUGCUGUCGGUGGUGCCAUUGGGACUGCUGCUUGUGGUGGUGGCGGUGGUAUCAAUUCAGCCUCAGAUGAAUUGAGUCUUCGAUCCUCUUCUGUAUCGAAUGUUUCAUUAGCUGAAGAAAUAAAUCCACUAGAACUUAUGCGUUAUUUAUCUGCUGAUGACGAGCACGCCAAUCACAGUCAUCUGUCGAAAUAUCAGAUGAAUAGCAAUGGGACAUCUGACCGUAUGUCUGAUGAUAAUGAGCAUAAAGAGGAUUCUUUACUUGGGACAGAUUCUGGUACAGUGAAUGAUUAUUCUAUGCAGUCGAAAUCACCUGUAUAUAUUGGCGCUGGGGAAAUACGUAACCGACUGAAAGAACAAUGUGAACUACAACCGCAUAGAUCAUUCAGAUGUGAUCCUGAAGAUCCAAGUGCAGCAGUCCUAAAAGAACCAUGGCAUAUGAAAUGUGAACGUAUCCGUGCAACAUCACCAUGGGGUAGUCUACCAGGAUGGAGUUUAACUAGUGCUAUUGUAAAAGUUGGCGAUGAUUUAAGGCAAGAACAAUUAGCUUAUCAACUGCUGACUGUAUUGAAAAAUAUUUGGGAAAUUGAACAUGUCCCAUUGUGGUUACGUCCACUGACUGUAGUUGUAAUCUCUUCAGAUAGUGGAUUUAUUGAACCAGUUCCAGAUACUGUCUCAUUUCAUCAGAUUAAACGACAUGCACGUUUAUCCCUAUUGGAUUAUAUGCAUCGAGAACAUGGUCCAGAUAAUUCAGAGGCAUUUUUAACAGCUCAACAGAAUUUUGUACAAAGUACAGCUGCUUAUUGUUUAGUAGGAUAUUUAUUUCAAGUGAAAGAUAGACAUAAUGGUAAUAUUCUACUAGACAAUGAAGGUCAUGUUAUACAUAUUGAUUAUGGCUUUAUAUUAUCUUCAUCGCCUGGAAAAAAUCUAGGCUUUGAAACUAGUCCAUUUAAAUUAACGCUAGAGCAAGUCAAUGUUAUGGGUGGUAUUGGUAGUGAUUUAUUUGAAUAUUUUAAAUUACUUCUAUUACGUGGAUUAUUAGCUGCACGUAAACAUAUGGAACAGAUAUGUGUACUUGUCGAGAUAGCACGUGCUACAUGUCAACAAUUACCAUGUUUUGCUCGUGGUAAUGGUAAUCGUACUAUAUCAGAUUUACGACAAAGAUUUCAAUUAUCACGUACAGAAGAACAAUUAAAACAAUUAGUUGAUCAAUUAGUACAAAGUUCAUUGAAUUCAUUUACAACAAAAUUAUAUGAUAGUUUUCAAUAUUAUACAAAUGGUAUACAAUAA